AUGGUGGAGGUGGUGGUCAUGAUUGUGAUGGUCAUGGUGGUGAUGAGUACGGUGGAGGUGGUGGCAAUGAUUGUGGUUGUCAUGAUGGUGAUGAGCACGUUGGAGGUGGUUUGUCAUGAUUGUGGUGGACAUGAUGGUGAUGAGCAAGGUGGAGGUGGUGGUUAUGAUUGUGGUUGUCAUGCUGGUGAUAAGCACUGUGGAGGUGGUUGUCAUGAUUGUGGUUGGGUCAUGAUUGUAGUGGUCAUGAUAGUAAUGAGCACGGUGGAGAUGGGGAUGAGCACGGUGGAGGUGGUGGUCAUGAUUGUGAUGGUCAUGAAGGUCACGAGGACGGUGAAGAGACGCGAGAGUGGUAGGGGCUUGGCAAGUCUAAAGGUUGCAUCGGAGCAAUCACAGAGGAUUGUCUCUGUUCAUGGCAAUGCAAGCUUCAGCGGCAUAACAGGAGGGACGGACACUGACGAAAAUGAUGGUUUGAGCUAUAUUGCUAACAUCCCAUCAGUGGUCCCACAGGAGGGAGAGGAGCCCUCUGAUUUCGAGCCAACAUGCCCAACUGAAGUGAAACAGGACCCCUGCACCUCGAGCUUACGGGCAACGUUUGCAGGGAGAGCUUCUGUACCAAAGCGGAAGAAACCCCUAAGCGAGGAGGUUGCCGAGUGGCAAAUUCGUUUCUUCAAAUCUCAGGUGGCAUUGUCAGAGAAGAAGCAAAAGCUGGUUGAGACACAGCAACGGGUACUAGAGAAAUAUGAGAGGCGUAUGGACAACGAGGACGUUGACUCUUUCAUAAAAAGCCAAUUUUUCAAUUAAAUUAAAUU